AUGCAAACCAUUAAAUGUGUUGUCGUUGGUGAUGGUGCCGUUGGUAAAACAUGUCUUUUGAUAUCAUACACAACCAACAAAUUUCCUUCUGAAUAUGUUCCUACUGUUUUUGAUAAUUACGCUGUUACUGUGAUGAUUGGAGAAGAACCCUACACAUUGGGUUUAUUUGAUACCGCAGGUCAAGAAGAUUACGAUCGUCUGCGUCCUUUAUCCUACCCUCAGACGGAUGUUUUCCUUGUCUGUUUCUCAGUAACCUCACCUGCAUCCUUUGAAAAUGUAAAAGAAAAGUGGUUCCCUGAAGUUCACCAUCAUUGUCCUGGUGUACCUUGUUUGAUUGUAGGCACACAAAUCGAUUUACGUCAAGAUCCUGCCGUUUUGGAGAAACUCACAAGACAAAAGCAAAGACCCAUCGCCUUUGAUGCUGGUGAGAGAUUGGCUCGUGAAUUAGGUGCUGUUAAAUACGUUGAAUGCUCUGCACUGACACAAAAGGGUUUAAAAAAUGUAUUUGACGAAGCUAUUGUUGCUGCACUAGAGCCUCCUGUCAAGAAGAAGUCAAAGAAAUGUAGCAUCUUGUAA